AAUUGAUUUGAGUAUAAUUAUUGAGUAAUAGCGUAGGUAUAAAAUUAAAUAGAUAAUUAACAUUUAAUAUUAUUUUUAUGGUAAUUUUCAGAGGUACUGAUUUUUACUUUCGGAAAAUAGCAUCAUUAAUUAUAGAAAUAUUUCCUAAGGAACAAGAGAAACUUUAUUUCAUACCAUCAUGCAGUGCAAAUAAUUCACAUGCAAAAGGUAAAUUAGUUGAAAGGUGGAAGAAUGUCUCGCGUCGUUUAAGAAGUAUAGGUGCUAUUGAUUGUGAAAGAAAAAGUAAAUGUGCUAAUGAAAUAUCACCUGCAGUUAUAACAUUUUCUGGUAAUAGAAUUAUAAAAUAUGCCUAAUUUUAUGAUAUAAUAUAGGUGUUACAUAGAUUUAUUAUAUUUAUCAUUUAUUAUAAUAGAUGAAACUGAAGCUGCUAAAGUCUGGUUAAGUCAGUCAGGUUUAUCUUCUGAUCUUGAACAAGUUAUUCCAAAAUGGAAACUUACAUAUGCAAUUUGAAAAUCAGAAAUCCAUGGUACUGACAUUUUAAAAUGCCAUUUGUCUGAAAUUUUUAAAGUCUGGCCUAUUUUAUGCAGCCCAAAAGGGUAUAUGCUGGUAUAUGAAGAUUUUAAUUUGGAAUAUCCCAACAUAACAAAUCUUUUACAUGACUGGCCAACAUUUAUAAAAAAGUGGACUUAUUUUUCAAAUAAUUUAGUGAGCUUUCGUAGGAAUUCAGUGAAAGAUAACUAUGGUAAAGACUUAUUGAAACAACUCGAUGCUGUACAACUCAGUGGAAAUACCAGAACAUGUAAUGUACUAAAACUCCUUCUUAUACCAUAUCUUGUGCCCACUAAAACACAGAUCAAAACAAACAAGAAUUUGUGGAAACCUUCACUAGUUGAGUCAGCUGCAGCUUUUGUCGUUCAUGUUACUGUAGGUUAUAUUUAUUAAUU